AUGCUACUCCCCAUGAUUAAAACACACUCCAAAUGGGAACAAUUCCGCAUUAGAAAUGGCGACCAACAGGAUGGUGGAGCAACGAAUUGGGAGAUGCUCUCGGUCGUCUGGACAAUUCUCGCACUGAGUGAGAACAAGUCGAACACAGCGGAUACAGUACAUAACUUUGAGGUUGAAAUGCAGUUCAGCACCUCGUGGACCGACUCUUUGCUGUUUCUAUUCGCUACAUCUCUAACUGGACGUGCAUCUUGGAUGAGGAACAUUGAAGCUGAAAAUAUCGAUUGA